AUGAGGCAAAAAGGUGGUCAAAAACUGCUGAAACCUCAGUGUGGUGUGGGCUGGUACACUCAUCCUUGCAGCCCUGUCUCUGCCUCUUCUUUGCAGAUUUCCUUUGACCUCGCUGAGUAUACUGCAGAUGUCGAUGGGGUUGGUACUUUACGGCUUCUAGAUGCAGUUAAGACCUGUGGCCUUAUCAACUCUGUGAAGUUCUACCAAGCCUCAACAAGUGAACUUUAUGGGAAAGUGCAAGAAAUACCCCAGAAGGAGACUACCCCUUUCUAUCCUCGGUCACCCUAUGGGGCAGCAAAACUCUAUGCCUAUUGGAUUGUGGUGAACUUCCGUGAGGCAUAUAACCUCUUUGCAGUGAAUGGCAUUCUCUUCAAUCAUGAGAGUCCAAGAAGAGGAGCUAAUUUUGUUACUCGAAAAAUCAGUCGGUCAGUAGCUAAGAUUUACCUUGGACAACUGGAAUGUUUCAGUUUGGGAAAUCUGGAUGCCAAGCGAGAUUGGGGCCAUGCCAAGGACUAUGUGGAGGCCAUGUGGCUGAUGUUGCAGAAUGAUGAGCCAGAGGACUUUGUCAUAGCCACUGGAGAAGUCCAUAGUGUCCGGGAAUUUGUCGAGAAAUCAUUCUCAUACAUUGGAAAAACCAUUGUAUGGGAAGGAAAGAAUGAAAAUGAAGUGGGCAGAUGUAAAGAGACCGGCAAAGUUCACGUGACUGUGGAUCUCAAGUACUACCGGCCAACUGAAGUGAUCUUCAUGCAGAAAAAGCUAUUUGCUGCUUAGUACUGCCAGCUCUGU